UCAGACAUCUCAGGAGCGUCAGUAAAUUGUUGGAAAUUGGGAAUGGCAACAACAGUCUCACGCGGACGUCAUUGAAAGCGUCCCAUGCAUGAAGUUGAGUUUUUGCUGCGGCGACGUUGAAUUGAACAGCGGAAGGGUGUCGGGCACCUUUCAGUGGUGAAGGUGAAGGUGAAGAUGAAGGAGAAGUCGAAGAACGCGGCCCGCACGCGCCGAGAGAAGGAGAACAGUGAGUUUUAUGAGCUGGCCAAACUUCUGCCUCUGCCGUCAGCCAUCACCUCACAGCUGGACAAAGCCUCCAUCAUCAGACUCACCACCAGCUACCUGAAGAUGAGGAUAGUCUUCCCAGAAGGUCUUGGUGAAUCCUGGGGCCAUGUGAGUCGAGCGAGUUCUCUGGAUAAUGUGGGUCGAGAGUUAGGAUCACACCUGCUCCAGACUUUGGAUGGCUUCGUUUUUGUUGUGGCUCCUGAUGGAAAGAUCAUGUAUAUUUCUGAGACUGCGUCAGUGCAUUUAGGACUGUCACAGGUAGAGCUGACGGGGAACAGCAUUUAUGAAUACAUCCACCCCGCAGAUCAUGAUGAAAUGACUGCGGUACUCACGGCACACCAGCCCUAUCAUUCACACUUUGUCCAUGAAUAUGAAAUGGAGAGGUCUUUCUUUUUGAGAAUGAAAUGCGUCCUUGCAAAAAGAAAUGCAGGCUUGACGUGUGGUGGUUAUAAGGUAAUUCACUGCAGUGGCUAUCUGAAGAUCCGCCAGUACAGCUUAGACAUGUCCCCGUUUGACGGCUGUUAUCAGAAUGUGGGUCUAGUCGCUGUAGGUCACUCGCUCCCGCCUAGCGCAGUAACCGAAAUCAAGCUCCACAGCAAUAUGUUCAUGUUCAGAGCCAGUCUGGACAUGAAGCUUAUCUUCCUGGACUCGAGGGUUGCAGAGCUCACUGGAUACGAGCCGCAAGACUUAAUAGAGAAGACACUUUAUCAUCACGUCCACAGCUGUGACACUUUCCAUCUCCGCUGCGCGCACCACUUGUUGCUGGUAAAGGGACAGGUCACCACCAAAUACUACCGAUUCCUGGCCAAACAGGGUGGCUGGGUUUGGGUGCAGAGUUAUGCUACUAUCGUUCACAACAGCAGAUCAUCCAGACCGCACUGCAUAGUCAGCGUUAACUAUGUCCUCACGGACACAGAGUAUAAAGGACUACAGUUGUCCUUAGAUCAGGUGACAUCCACCAAGCCCUCUUUCACCUACGACAGCCCCUCCAACCCCAUCAGUGAGAACAGAAGAGUGGGCAAAAGCAGAAUCUCCCGUACCAAGACCAAGACGAGACUCUCUCCCUAUUCACAGUAUCCAGGCUUCCCUACAGAUCGCUCCGAGUCGGAUCAGGAUAGUCCAUGGGGUGGGAGCCCUCUCACUGACUCUGCUUCUCCUCAGCUUCUGGAGCAGUGUGAAGGCAUAGACUCCUCAUGUGUGUACCGCCAGUUUUCGGAGCCACGGCCACUGUGCUACAGUCUACCACUGACAGAUGAUAGCCACACCACCAGUGACGUCUAUGGCCAUGCUCACUCUGAGUCCUGUGAGCGGGGGCGCUGCAAGGCUGGCCGAUACUAUUUAGGCACUCCUCAGCCUGGACGGGAUGCAUGGUGGGGUGCAGCCCGCUCUGUCCUCCCAUUAUCCAAGUCCUCACCUGAAAAUGGAGACAGUUUUGAAGGUGUGAUGCCCCACAUUGCCUCUGUCCACAGCCUGCAAGUGAGGGGUCACUGGGAUGAGGACAGUGUGGUCAGCUCACCUGAUGGAGGCUCAGCAAGCGAUUCUGGGGACCGAUACCGUGGUGACCAAUGCCGUGCAAGUCCUCAAGAGCCCAGCAAGAUUGAGACAUUGAUUCGAGCUACACAACAGAUGAUAAAAGAGGAGGAAAGUCGUCUGCAGCUGCAAAAGGCUCCUACAGAGAUACCUUUGGAGCUUACUAACGGUCUGGCCAAGAGCCACAGACCCUCGUUUGGUACCGAGUUUCCCCAGUCAACAUUGCAGGGUGUGGUAUGCCGGGGGCCAGCUCAUGUGAUAAGCCCCGCUCCUAGUCCUGUUCCUCUAUCCCGCCUCAGCAGCCCCAACCCUGACAGACUCUGCAAAAGUAAAGACUUCCUGCAAAAUGAGCUCUCUUCUCAACAACACCAGCAGCCACUGCCCCUGAUGGGCACAUGUGCUGUUUCUCCAACUCCAGCACUGUACCCAUCACACCCACGCCAGUACCUGGAAAAACACACAGCCUACUCACUCACCAGCUACGCACUAGAACAUAUGUACGAGGCUGACAGCUUCAGAGGAUACUCCUUGGGUUGCCCUGGUUCCUCCCAUUAUGACAUGGCCUCUCAUCUACGAAUGCAAGCGGAACAAGCACCCAGCCAUAAAGGCACCUCCGUCAUUAUAACCAACGGCAGCUGAUGCUUAUCAAAUCAUGUAACAUCAUUCAGUACUUCAGCAUUUCACUCAAGCUAGCCUAUUAUCAUUUGUUUGGAGGAUAUUUUUUCAUUCCUAUUAAUAUUAAGGGAUGUGUGUUCUAGAUAUCUGUGAAAGGGACACUCCAUUCAUGUGUUCACAAAUGAGGACUCCAUGAAAGGGUUUGUCAAGUACUUUUUAUUCCAAAUUACCACUUUUGUUUCUUAACCACUAUUUUGAUGUUGCCUGAAUGAAUGGGACUUAGAAAAUCAUUUCUGAAAAAAGGGGAAGAAAUUACUGAUAAGAAAGAAAUUACAUGAUCUCCACUUCAAACCAUAAGAGCACAUUAAUAUGGUGGUUUCAAAAGGUAUAAACAGUAAAACAGUAUUAAACUAUUUAAUAUUUUUGCUUGCAAAUCACAUUUGGCUCUAGGUAACAGAAUUGUUGGGUCACAGAUACUUUGUGGAUUAAGCUAUUUUUAUUAUUAUUAUUAUUAUUAUUAUUAUUAUGUUUUAGAGCAUUUCUACACCCGUAGCCUCAGAUUCCAUUCAGGUCAUACUAUUUGCCCUCUAUAGUUGGUACAAUAAAAAUAGAAGUAGCAUGUUGACAUAUCACAGAUCUUAAAUGGUUACUUAAGCAAAAUGCAGCAUUAAAUUAUUAUUGUUUAAAGUUGUUUAUGGUUAUCAUAUUGUAAAAUUGAAUCUUGGCUCAGUUCUGUCCUGGAAUAAAGUUUUGUAAUUACAUGCUGUCCAUCUCUAUCUGAACCUUAUUCAGUCUUUUAAGUCACAGGCUGAAAAUUCAAUUUACAUCUUUUAUUUAUUUAUUUUUCUAAUGUAAAACACUGAUGAGCACAUUAUAUGUUAUUAACUUGAACAAAUGAUUUUGAAAUAUAUAAUUUUUCUGUCAAGCCUCUUAACAUGUCAACCUUUCAAAUGAAAACUAAGAUUAUGCAAUUAUGAAAGACGUUUGAUUUUAUUAAAAAAAAUGGAAUAACAAUAGAAAUGAGCUUCAUUAUUGAGAUACAUGCGCUGGAUUGGUAAGCAGUAACAGAGGAUGUGGAGAUGUGCUUUUGGCAUAAAGAGUGACUGUGCUGCGGUGAUGCAGAGGGACCCUGGUUGGGUUUCAGUCGUGCUGCUGUUUUGUGUUUUGGGGUUCCACACUGGAAGAGUGUAAAGUCUAAUAUGGACAUCAAAGGGGAGCUUUUCUGAGAGACUUUACCCCCUUUUCCUUAUUCCAGCUCCAUGUAUUUAUAAGACAGAAACCGGCUCCGUUUGGGAAGCAGUUUCUUUUGGCGUGAAGGAAAUUCUAAAAAAAUAUUUAUGAUGUACUUAUACUCAAAAUUCACCCACUCUUACCAAAUAAAGCAAUGCAAACAUUGCAAAAUUUAUUUAUUAUGUGAAUGAAAAAAAAGUUCCUAUCACAAAUAAUGUGUGUGUGUUUAUUUGUAUUUUUCAGUUCCACAUCAAAAUUAAAUGGUAUUAUGCAUUAGUGUUUCUGCACAUAUAAUAAAUUAAAAAUAUUGUAA